AUGGCGGAGCUGCCGGAGCUGCCCGCCGCCCCGGCUCGCUGCAGUGGCAGGUUCACUAUCAGCACCCUCAUGGGCGCCGAGGAGGGUAGCCGAGCGCACUACGGGGGUGCUGAGGCCACUGCACUGGACAGUGCCCAGCCCACGCAGCUCUCGGGCAGCCCACUCUGCACCAGGACCUUCGGCUACAACACAGUGGAUGUGGUGCCUGCAUAUGAGCACUACGCCGAGAGCGGGGUGGCGGGCGGCGCGCAGGGCCGGCCCUCACUGGCUGACCUGCACUCCAUCCUGAAGACCGACACUGGCCACCGCCCCCAGGCCGCGGACGAGCCUCAGCGGAGCAACGGCCUGACGGACAGUGUGCCCGAGGAGGGGGCACCCGAGGGCCCCAAGGCAUCGCCGCCAGAGCCCGUCCGCUUUGGGUGGGUCAAGGGUGUGAUGAUUCGCUGUAUGCUGAACAUCUGGGGAGUGAUUCUCUACCUGCGCUUGCCCUGGAUCACGGCCCAGGCAGGAAUCGCGCUCACGUGGCUGAUCAUCCUGAUGUCCGUGACAGUGACCACCAUCACCGGCUUGUCCAUCUCUGCCAUAUCCACCAACGGCAAAGUGAAAUCAGGGGGCACCUACUUCCUUAUCUCAAGAAGCCUCGGACCAGAGCUGGGAGGUUCUAUUGGUCUGAUUUUUGCCUUUGCAAACGCGGUAGCGGUGGCCAUGCACACGGUGGGCUUUGCAGAGACGGUCCGUGAUCUGCUGCAGGAAUAUAACUCUCUCAUCGUAGACCCCACCAAUGACAUCCGCAUCAUCGGGGUCAUCACGGUCACCGUGCUGCUCGGCAUUUCGUUGGCGGGGAUGGAGUGGGAGGCCAAGGCUCAGGUCUUGUUCUUCCUGGUCAUCUUGGUUUCCUUCAUAAACUACCUAGUGGGGACGGUGAUCCCAGCCACGGCAGAGAAGCAAGCAAAGGGUUUCUUCAGCUACAGAGCUGACAUUUUUGCCCAGAACUUUGUGCCCAACUGGCGUGGACCUGACGGCACCUUCUUCGGUUUGUUUUCUAUUUUCUUUCCAUCAGCAACUGGCAUCUUGGCGGGAGCCAACAUUUCAGGUGAUUUAAAGGAUCCCGCUGUGGCCAUUCCCAAAGGCACCCUGAUGGCUAUAUUCUGGACCACGGUGUCCUACCUGGUGAUUUCUGCUACGAUUGGCGCCUGCGUGGUCCGCGACGCCUCCGGCCUCAACGACACCACGGGCGCCGGCUCGCUGGGCUGCGAGGGGCUGGCGUGCGGCCUCGGGUGGAACUUCACCGAGUGCGCCCAGAAGCAGAGCUGCCGCUACGGACUCAGCAACUACUACCAGAGCAUGAGCAUGGUGUCCGGGUUCGGCCCCCUCAUCACAGCUGGGAUCUUUGGUGCUACCCUGUCCUCGGCACUGGCCUGCCUUGUCUCAGCCCCAAAAGUCUUUCAGUGCCUCUGCAAGGACCAACUCUACCCUCUCAUCGGCUUCUUUGGGAAGGGCUAUGGAAAGAACAGCGAGCCCAUCCGCGGGUACAUCCUCACCUACGCCAUUGCCGUGGGCUUCAUCCUGAUCGCUGAACUCAACUCCAUUGCCCCCAUCAUCUCCAACUUCUUCCUGUGCUCCUAUGCGCUCAUCAACUUCAGCUGCUUCCACGCCUCCAUCACCAACUCGCCAGGGGCUGCACGGCACCAACAGGACACCCAGGUCCUGGUGUGCCGGCUCCUCAUCUCUGGGGCCAAAGGAGAGACGGGCAGCGGGCGCCAUCUGUUCUUGUGCUCAGGAUGGAGGCAGUUCGGCAUUGUCAUCUUCCUCCUGGGAUAUGUGCUCUACAAAAAGCCAGAUGUGAACUGGGGCUCGUCCGUGCAAGCAAGCUCCUACAACCUGGCCCUGAACUACUCUGUGGGACUCAGUGAAGUGGACGAGCACGUCAAGAACUACAGACCUCAAUGCCUGGUUUUAACUGGCCCUCCCAAUUUCCGUCCAGCUCUGGUGGAUUUUGUGGGCACUUUCACCAAGAAUCUCAGCUUGAUGAUCUGCGGGAACGUGUUGAUAGGAUCACGGAAACAGAAGAUGCCAGAAUCCAGCCUGACAUCUGAAGGCCAUACAAAGUGGCUCAUCAAGAGGAAGAUCAAGGCUUUCUAUACAGAUGUGGUAGCUGAGGACUUGAGAAGUGGAGUCCAAAUACUUCUACAGGCUUCAGGUCUUGGGAAGAUGAGACCCAACAUCCUAGCCCUGGGGUACAAAAGGAACUGGCAGACAGCGCACCCACAGACCAUGGAGGAUUACGUAGGAAUCCUGCAUGAUGCCUUUGAUUUCAAGUACGGUGUGUGCUUAAUGAGGACAAAGGAAGGGCUGGACAUCUCUAGAAUGAUGCAGGCUCACAUGGACUCCAGUGCCUUUGUAGCUGGACAACAGGCAAGCACCAUCUUCCAGACUGGGCAGGGCAAAAAGACCAUUGACAUUUACUGGCUCUUUGACGACGGAGGGCUCACGCUCCUCAUUCCCUAUCUUCUUGGGCGCAAGAAGCGGUGGGGAAAGUGCAAAAUACGGGUGUUUGUCGGCGGGCAGAUCAACAGGAUGGAUGAAGAGAGGAAGGCGAUUGUGUCGCUGCUGAGCAAGUUCCGCCUGGGCUUUCACGAGGUCCACAUCCUGCCAGACAUCAACCAGAACCCCCGGCCUGAGCACAUCAGGAGGUUUGACGACCUGAUUGCUCCCUUCAGGCUGAAUGAUGGGUUUAAAGAUGAGGCGGUGGUGAACGAAAUGCGGCAUGACUGUCCCUGGAAGAUUUCUGAUGAGGAGGUCAAUAAAAACAGAGCCAAGUCCCUUCGGCAAGUGAGGCUGAACGAGAUCUUGCUGGAUUACUCACGGGAUGCAGCGCUGAUUGCAAUCACGCUGCCCAUCGGCCGCAAGGGUCGCUGCCCCAGCUCCCUCUAUAUGGCCUGGCUAGAGACCCUCUCACAAGACUUGCAGCCUCCAGUCAUCCUCACCAGAGGAAACCAAGAAAAUGUUCUGACCUUUUACUGCCAAUAA